CGGAACUACUUUUUAGUGUUAAUGACGAGACGCUAGCAUUUUCCAUUCGUAGGUGAACGGACGCUAACAGCAAAGUGUAUUUUUUUAUUAGCUUAGCUAAUUAUAAUUCUAACAGAAGUAACCCUGUUGUAGCAGUGAAUGGCCAUAUAGCGUCGAAUAGUGAAUAUUAGCCACAUCUACCCGGUCUUUGAGAGGAUAACCUUCCUGUCAUGUUUGGGAGAGAGGCGGAGGUCAGGCGCGCGGGCUGUCAACAAUGUCCAGCUGAAAAAACGCUACUGGGUCCCCAACUUUCUCGUUAAGACAAAGCUGAAUCAUGCCAGGGAAGCUGAAAGCUAAGAUCGUGGCAGGGCGCCACCUACCGGUCAUGGACAGAGCCAGCGACCUCACUGAUGCCUUUGUAGAGGUCAAGUUUGGCAACACAACUUUCAAAACAGAUGUCUUCCCAAAGUCACUUAAUCCACAGUGGAACUCAGAGUGGUUCAAAUUUGAGGUGGAUGAUGAGGACUUGCAGGAUGAGCCGUUACAAAUCACAGUGUUGGACCAUGACACUUACAGUGCCAACGAUGCAAUAGGGAAGGUCUACAUUGACAUCGACCCUCUGCUCUCCUGCGAGGCUGCUACUGUCAUCUCUGGAUGGUUCCCCAUCUACGACACUAUACACGGUAUCAGAGGGGAGAUUAAUGUUCUGGUGAAGGUGGACCUCUUCAGUGACUUGAACCGCUUCAGACAGUCCUCCUGUGGUGUUAAAUUCUUCUGCACAACGUCCAUCCCGAGGUGUUACCGCGUGGCGCUGGUCCAUGGCUUUGUUGAGGAGCUGGUGGUGAACGAGGACCCAGAGUACCAGUGGAUUGACCGCAUCAGAACCCCCAGAGCUUCUAACGAGGCCCGACAGAGACUCAUCUCUCUCAUGUCUGGUGAGCUGCAGAGGAAGAUAGGUCUGAAAGUAUUGGAGAUGGGUGGUAAUGCGGUGGUGGGGUACCUGCAGUGUUUUGAUCUGGAGGGAGAGUCAGGUCUGGUGGUCCGAGCCAUCGGCACCGCCUGCACUCUGGACAAACUCAGCCCUGGGACGGCUCCCAACACCACCACACACACCAACACACACACACUCCCCAACACCGCCCCCGCAUCCAAUGCCUGCAACUCGCCUUCCAAGGACAGCAAAGAGCCCGUGUUCAGUGAGGACCCCCCCCAUCCCCUCUCCGGCCCCCCCACGCCUCUCAGAACCCUUCCUUCCUCCUCUCCUCCCUUCUCUCCAUCCAAGCCAUGCAGUCGCCAGUCCUCCUCCUCAGACACAGACCUCAGUCUGACGCCCAGGAUUGAGAGGUUUGUGUCUCGUCCUGGGGUCUUCCUCUGUCCCAGUUCCCCCACCCUCUCCUUCGAUUCCCCGUCCCUUCCUCCCUCUGGGCUAAUCCUGUGCAGCAUUGGGUCUGCCCUCAGAGCCUACACCCCACCCCCUCUCCCCUCUGUCCAAUCAGAGGGGUCUGUGUUGAGAAAGACUGUAUCAUUCAGUGAAGAGCUGAUGCUGGCGGCCUCCGGGAUGGGGAGUGGGGGCAGCGUUGGAAAAGAGGCUGGGCCUCUGAAGACCCUCCUCAGACAACAUACCCAAUCAGCUCUGGAGCAGAGGGAGUUCCCCAUCUUCACGUUGACCUGUUUCCCCCCUGGCUUCUUGGUUCACGUCGGGGGCGUGGUCAGCACCCGCUCGGUCAAGCUGCUUGACCGCAUACACAACCCCGUGUUGGGUAACACACGCUCUUACAAACUGCUAGACUGGAAUAGUGUCGCUGCAGACGAACCGGAGACGAGGGACGCGUGGUGGGAGGAGAUUCGUCAGGAGAUCAAGUCUCAUGCAAAAGCCCUGGGUUGCCACGCUGUGGUGGGAUACAGCGAGAGCACCAGCAUCUGUGAGGAGGUGUGUAUCCUGUCUGCAUCUGGCACGGCGGCCAUGUUGAAUCCCAGAUUCAUGCGUGAGGGCUGUCUGGACACCGGCGGCAGCGACCACAGGUUAUCACGGCAACCACACCCCGGCAUGGUGGGGUCGGAGAGGGGCGAGGGGGAAGUUGGCUCAACCUGGCUGGGGUAUGAGGAUGCGUCACCCCCUAGCUGCGGGUUUGCUCACAUCCCGUAUGAUGAGUUCAACAUGCCGUUCCCAGCUCAGCUUACAUACUGCUACCACUGUAGGAGACAGAAGGUCCCUGAUGUGCUCUUUACUACCAUAGACCUACCUGCUGAGGCUGAGGUUACUGGGAAGGGCUGCCUCAUACAGGCUAGGUUGUGUCGUACGAAGAAGAAGGCCCAAGGGGAGGUGAAUGCUACUUCCAUCUCUAACCUCCUCCCCUUCAUGGAGUAUGAGCUCCACACACAGCUGAUGAACAAACUCAAACUGCGCUCCAUGAAUGCUCUGUUUGGACUCCGCAUUCAGAUCAGUGUGGGAGAAAACAUGCUCCUGGGACUAGCUUCUGCAACGGGGGUGUACCUGUCAGCACUGCCAGCUCCAGGUGGUAUCCAGAUAGCUGGUAAGACCCCCAGUGACCUGAGCUACGACCAGCACAUCUCCACCAUGCAGAAACGCAUCGAUGACACCAUCGCCAAGAACAAGGAGCUCUACAACAUACACCCCCCGAAGUUAUUUACGUUGGACCCUGAGGCAUUCACCGGCCUGAAUACGGAGUGUAUAGAGGAGGUGGUGGGGUCUCCUAUCCCUGACAGACAGCGGUCCAGCAGACUGUUCAGGUCUACCUCUGAGAGUUCAGAUGAGCUGUCCGAACUAGACCUGUCCCACGGCAAGAAGGAUGCCUUUGUACUGGAGAUUGAUGACACUGAUGCAGUAGAGGACAUCCAAUCCCUACUUACUGAUGCCCCCAUACCUGCAGGGUUCUACAGCUGUAACACGGAGGUCAUGCCUGGGAUUCACAACUGGACUUCAGGACUACAGAUGUUUACAUCUGUCCGGGUCUACAGACUCAGUAAUGCCAAUCUGACCAACCAGGGCCUCAACAAGAUCUUCACUGACCUCUGUGAGAAUUUGCUCAAAAGUCUAUACUUUAAGCUGCGUUCCAUGAUCCCCUGCUGUCUUUGCCAUCUCAACUUCACUGUAGCCGUACCAGAAGAAGAACUCAUACAGGUGGCGGUGACAGCCGUAGCCAUGAGUUUUGACAAGGAGACUCAGCAGGCAGCAGACAAGGCUCUCACCAGGGGGAGUGGUGAGAAUGAGGAGCAGCUCCAGUUUUCUAUGGAGCUGUGUGGAGAGUCAACCAUCUCCAACAACCAGCCUACAGCCAAACCUUCUGGUGUUCCUGAGAGUGCCAUGGUCCACUCGUCUCGAGCUCCCUCGGUUGAUUACGGUUCCUUUGCAGACAGAUGCAGCACCUGGCUAGAGCUGCUUAGGCUGAAAGCUCACACCAUAAGACGAGGAUCAGUUAAGACAAGUAGGAGGACACAGUUGCUAGCACAUUCUGUCUCAUCUUCAGAGCGCUGCAGUCCUCUCCCAGAGGGGCGGUCCCGGUCGCUACGCUCCACCAGGUCGUUGCCAUGCGGUGCCCCUGUUACUGUGGUGAAGAUGACUCCUCUGUCCUUCCUUCCCGGGACGCGCAUUGUGAAAUACUUGGGAAUCAUCAACAUGUUCUUCAUUAGGGAGACCACGUCACUACGAGAGGAGGGGGGUGUAAGUGGCUUCCUCCAUUCCUUCAUAGCGGAGGUGUUUGCCAUGGUCCGUGCCCAUGUAGCAGCUCUGGGGGGCAACGCCUUAGUGUCAUACAGCAUGAAGGAGUGUGUCUUCAUGGAAAACCCCAACAAGAACCAGGCUCAGUGUCUGAUUAAUGUUAGUGGUGAUGCUGUUAUCUUCAUCAGAGAAUCAGAGCAAGAGGCCAUACCCCCUCUGUUGACCAGCAGACAGACCAGCAGCACUGGGGCUGACGGGACCACAUGACACACACUUGAGUCUAGCCAUCCAAAUAAUCGUGAUUUGUGUCUGCCUUAAACAGAUGGAACAUCUUAAGGUUAGGUAGGACCCCACAAAUUACACACGCAAACAAACACGCAGUUGACAAGUUGGAGAAAUUGUCUCUCAUUGUCCAUUGAGAUACUCUACAGAAGCCAUUUAGAGGCAGUCUGUCACUUCUCUCUCUGUUUUGCUAUAAUAGACAUUCCAAAACAUGGUGAAGCUUUAUGCAGCUAAUAGACCUAUCACUCUCCAUCCAGUCUCAGCAGUCACUAGCCGGCCUGCUAGAGCGGACAAGGUAUUCAUUAAUAGACCGCUCCGUACAGGGUAGUCACUACUGUAGAUGGCCAUGGUAGAGAGAACUAAAUUGUAGAAAUAAAUGUUUUAAUUGUCUGUCAUACGAUAUUUGGGCUAACACACAUGCCCUGUGGACAGCCUCCUGCCAUCCUCCUGGCUGUCAUGACUGCAGCCUUCCAGGUCUCCAUACUACUGAACUGUCCUGUCUUUAACGAUCAUGUAAAUGCUGGAAAACAAACUAAUUGCGAUGACACAUUUUUGUUCAUUGUUUAGAUGCCACUUUUGUUUGUGUAAAUGUGCGCUACAAUCAGAUUUGAGUAUUUUUAUAAUGUAAAAUUAUAUUCGUCAAGUCUAAUGAAAUUCUGGAAGUUUGAUUUAUAUGGUGUAAGAGAAGUAAGGGUACAGUGAUCUGUUCUACUGUUAAUGAAUAUAACCUGUCUCUCUUUCGCUGUAGGACUUGAAUGUACAUACAUACAUGUGUUGCUUAGUGUCUGCAUGUAUUUGUUAUUGCCAUGACUGUCUGUCUGCUCGUUGCCUGAGAUGAUCAGUCCUGCACAAUAAACUAAACUAGUCCUGUUGACUAGUCACCUUUA